AUGUUUCUAUGGGUUGUGUGGCAGGAUAGAAAUAUUCUUUUGAAUGGUGUCCGCCUAAGUGAUAUUGAUGCGAUAAUUGAUAAAGGUGUCAAGUGGGUGGAGGAUUACGACAAGGCUCAAGCUUGUACACUUUUCGAUGUGGCUGGAGGUUUCAUUGAGGAUUGUUGGGCUUCGAAAGGUAGGCAAGAAACUGUGAAUGGUUGUUAUCUUUAUUGUGACGCAGCUGUACGAGACUCGGAAAUUGGGUUAGGAGGUUGGAUAGAAAAUACAGAAGAACGGGUAGUCGCGGUUUUUGCAUCUCAUAUGCCAGGUUUGUUCUCUCCAACUUUGGAUGAGGCUCUUUCUAUUCAAUUCGGUUUACGAUUCACGGUCAUGUUGGGAAUGAAGAUCCAACAAGUUUCCACAGAUUGCCUCGAAGUCGUGCAAGGAUUGAUAGCAAACGAGUCAUAUCACCCUAUUGAAGGCAUUUUCUCGAAUAUACGAACACUCCUGGAUUUAGUAGAAUGUGGUCUUUGUCAGCAUACGAAUCGCCUUCAUAACGAGAUUGCUCAUGCCAUUGCAAAGUGGGCGGUAGAAUAA